AUGGCAACAUGUUACAAAACGAUCAACCUGGACUGGGAGUCAGUACUUCCGCAGUGGGAUAAUGAGAUGCAGCACAAAGCUUCGCGGCGGAAGGCUGAAGUGUUGCAGAAGUUGGACGAGUCGAAGACAACUUUCAAGCAGGGAAAUGCCGAUGCCAAAGAGUCGCCAUAUUGUACCCAGUCGUGGCUAUCACCGCAGCAAUGCGACAGCAAUCAGCCUCCGUCGCGGCUAGCUCGAACGAUACUGGAUGAUAUGAUAAAUCGGCUAUCGGAACGAGUGGAAGAUCAAGGACAUAAGCUGUCAAUGUUAAUGAACAAAGAAAAAGAAAGGCUGCUACAAUCAGUGAAGCAAGAGGAAAAUGAAAGGCUGCUACGUGAACUGCAGCAGGUAGAAAAAGAGACGCGGCCUCGAUCUAGGGGGCUGGAGACCAACUUGGGCAGAGCCUCCUCUUUGAUAGAGCCUGAAAGCUCGAUCUCUUUAAUAGGGCUAGGAAGCUGGAUCCCUUCAACAAAGCCCGAAAGCUGGAUCUCUUUCAUAGAGCCUGAAAGCUCGAUCUCUUUAACAGAGCCUGAUAGCUGUAUCUGUUUAAUAGACCCAGGACGCUUGAUCUUGGAGACCAAGCAGGCACUACGGCUUUGGCCUUGGUCAAAGGAGCAUGAAAAAGUAUUGGCGCGGUUCAAAAAGCGAUGGAGGUUGCUAGUCGCUGUGGUCUACCGCAUCAAAGAAUUGACAGCCUUGACAAAGUGCAAGCCCACAGAAGGCUUUUCAUCAGGGGAGAAGAAGUUUUACGUGGCCGGAAGCGUGUAUGGGACUGCCGUGGAGGCCCUGCCAGACACCGGAGCGGAUACAUGUUUUAUAUCGCCAGAUCUAGCCUCUCGCUUUGGCCUUCGUCCUAUUCCUGGGACACAAAAAAGGGUAACUCUCGCUAACAAAAAGGCCGUCAAAUCUCCCGGAAUGGUAAAAGUGCCAUGGAAAUUCACCAAGGAGCGAAAUACGCACACGAUAAAUUGCUGGAUUCUCCCCGGGUGCAUGCGCCAUCUGGUCCUAGGAAACCCAUUUUUACAAGCAACACAGACGCUUACAAAGUUUCGCGAUCGCAUCAAAUCUAAGCUCUUGGCAACACCUACAUUCUUUUCAUUAAGCGUCUUGGGAGACGAAAAACAACGUCUGCGGGGAUAUCUUAACGGUCAAUUGGCCGCAGCGCUCCCAGAUACAGGCUCUGAUGCCAUGCUUAUCAAUGGUGCAUAUGCUCGAAAGAUUGGUCUGAGUAUCGACUCUAAUGUCGAGAAUCAGGUCAAGGUCCGACUCGCUGAUGGUUCUACGACCAUGACAAGCGGAAUUGUACGAGAUGUGGAUUGGAAAGUCGGCAGUACGACAGUGCGAUGCAGCUUUUAUGUGCUUGAGAAUAUGUGUGUGGAUGUUAUUCUGAGCAACAACUAUCUGUUUGAGAUGGAUAUCUUUUCCCAGGAGAAGGAACAUUUCUUCCAUGUUAACUCUGAAACCCAUUCCAAGGAGCAUUUACUAUAUUUUUGCGUUCUCCGGUUGAUCAAGAAGAAGCGCGUCUCUAUCUUAACCCCAAAAGAAAAGGAAGAAUUAGAAAAACAAGAAGAAUGGUACAGACGAGAUAUAAAACGUGACGAAAUAAUGGCGUUACCGGAAGGUCAACGAGAGGCAGCUGCUCGAGCGGAGAAGGCGCGACAACAACGUUGGGAAGAAUUGAGACCAGAACGGAAAGCCAAAUGGAUAGCCGAAUCACAGAUUGUGACGGAGAGCGUUCAAAACAGCGUCAGCUGGGGUGGUCGAUGGAAGAAAUGGGCUUAUAUCAAUCUUUCGACAAAGGGUUCAAGGUAA